AUGAUACAAACUAUUUUUGUCGUCAGCAAACAACAACCAAGAAUUUGUAAUUUUGUAGUUCACGAUCGAUGCUACAGGACAGUCGUGAGUUCUUGUUCCAGCAUAGCAGCCACAUUGAUAAAGAAUCCCGUGGCUCACUGCUGGUCUGAACCGACUCAUCAUAAGAGAAAGUUUUGCAAUGUCUGUCGUAAAAGAAUACCGGAGGAAAAUUUAUCUGUUCACUGCGAAAUUUGCGAUUAUUUCGUACAUUCGGAAUGUUGCGAUUUUGCUGUCGCGGAUUGCAAGGAAAAUGCCACUUACCUUCCAGGGAAAGAUCUUUCGCAAGUCCAUCAUCAACAUCACUGGCGAGAGGGAAACCUUCCAUCGAAUUCUAAAUGUGUCGUUUGCAAAAAAAACUGUUGGUCAGCCGAGUGUCUUGCAGGGAUGAAAUGCGAAUGGUGUGGAAUGACGUCGCAUGCUGUCUGCCAUAAAUCUGUUACCGGAGAAUGUACUUUUGGAAAUUUGGAACCGAUUUACCUGCCCCCGCACGCCGUUAGUAUCCCACGAACUGAGGUGCCAAUGGAAGCCAUAAUUGGAGUGCAAGUUCGAAGAAAAGACGCUCUAUCUCCUCGAAGCAUUUCCGAAGAGUUCAGCACAGGGGAUGCUAACAAGUAUCGUGAUGAAGAAAUUCCUCACACGAGCAACACAAAAGCCAAAGAACGUGAGGAAAGGGAUGAAGAAAUGAUAAAAGUGUACGAUGGAAACAAUUCCCUACGACGAAGAAUAUUUCGAGUGGUUUGUGUGUCUCGCCAUGCAACAUGUGAACAAUUACUGACAGCUUCUUUAAGAGCCUUUCAUAUUACGAAGGAUCCUGGAAAUUUUUAUUUGACGGAUCUGUACAAUCCCAAUAGCGAAGAAGUUCGUUUGACCGAUCCUAAUCCAGUUUUAAAUUUGCACCGAAAAGAAGGGAAAAGACCGGCUAUUUUUCUAAGAUUCAAAGAUCAAGACAACGAUUUCGGAGAAGUGAGAGUUUAUCCUGGAAAAUUACAAGUUUCUGAACCUUUUGUAGUGAUACAAGUUAACAUUUCUACCACUAUAAAGGAUCUCAUUGUAGAAGCUCUUACUCGAUUCGGAUUGAAUAGCCGAGAUGUUGAUGAUUAUAGACUCAGUGAAAUUUUGUUGGACAGAGGAGUGACCGAAAGAGUAUUGGACAAAGAUGAAAAACCGUGGGAUAUAAUGAAGAGACUUGGCCAAGACUCUAUUAGACAAAUGGAACUUAUGAGAUUUUAUCUUCAAUUAAAACAAGAUCCUCAUGGUCCUAAUUUAGCUCUAUUUGUUGGCAACUUGCCUCCGAAUCUCUCUCAAAGAAACUAUGAAAAUUUACUAACAGACUUUUUAGGAUUAGAAAAUAAGUUUUCUUCGAUCGGCCCCAUUUAUUACGAGUACGGUUCUAUGGUCAUAACGUACGAGGACUCUGAAAAAGCUGUUCGGUCUUUAUACAUACUAAGAGAUUCUCGUUACGAGGAAAAACAUCUUUUGGUUAUGUUGCUUCCAAAUAUUGAACCUAGCAUGGUUCCUGCCGGUGUUCAACCAUUACUGGUAUUUGUCAAUGUUAAAUCCGGAGGCUGUCAAGGAUUAGAACUCAUUUCUAGCUUUCGAAAAUUAUUAAAUCCAUACCAAGUUUUCGAUUUGGAAAAUGGUGGACCUCUGCCCGGGUUAUAUGUUUUUCGCCAUAUUGCCGAUUACAAAAUUUUGGUGUGUGGUGGUGAUGGAACAAUAGGUUGGGUGCUUCAAUGUUUGGACAAUGUGGGUCAGGAUAGUCAGUGUUCAUCACCGCCGUGCGCGAUUGUGCCACUCGGUACCGGAAACGAUUUGGCCAGAGUUCUUCGCUGGGGACCGGGAUACACGGGAGGCGAAGAUCCUCUCAAUCUUCUCAGAGACGUGAUCGACGCAGAAGAAAUACGUCUCGACAGAUGGACUGUUGUAUUUUAUCCCGAAGAUAAAGCGGAGGACAAGGAAAAACUUCAACAAUUGGCCAACUCGACGACGGGUACCACAAACGAGGAUAACACUCAAAUAUUUGUUAUGAAUAAUUACUUUGGUAUCGGCAUCGAUGCGGAUCUAUGCUUGGAUUUUCAUAACGCCAGAGAGGAAAACCCGAAUAAAUUUAACAGCAGGUUGCACAAUAAGGGUGUCUACGUCAAAAUGGGCUUAAGAAAAAUGGUCGGUAGGAAACUCUGCAAAGAUUUGCAUAAAGAAGUGAGGUUGGAGGUGGAUGGAAAGGUUGUGGACUUGCCUCAAGUGGAAGGCAUCAUUAUCCUGAAUAUACUCAGUUGGGGUUCGGGAGCCAAUCCGUGGGGUCCCGAAAAAGAAGAUCAAUUUUCAAAACCCAACCACUGGGAUGGGAUGCUGGAAGUUGUGGGAGUAACUGGAGUCGUGCACUUGGGCCAAAUUCAAUCAGGUCUUCGUUCUGCAAUGAGAAUCGCGCAGGGAGGCCAUAUUAAAAUACAUUUAAAUUCGGAUAUUCCGGUUCAAGUCGACGGGGAACCUUGGGUGCAAAGUCCUGGGAACGUGGUUGUUCUUAAGUCAGCCCUUAAGACCUGCUGCGAAAAAGGAAAAAAAAAGAGUGCCAUUUUGAGGGCGAAUAGAUUUUAA